AUGUCCUUAUUUUACAUUGGAGACGAUAAGCCAAGAACUGAUGCCGAUGUUCUUGACAGUUUUGAUGAUGCUCUUCCUGGAGUGUUAGGCAACAACUCUCAAGAUAAGGUUAUGAAGGCAAAAUUUGAUAUUAUGAGACAAGCUGCUGAAAGAACAACAAAACAAGGUAGUAGAGGUAUGAAUAUGAUUCAAUCAUCCAGACCAAUCAGUUCUCGUGGUUAUCGUUCUGGAUCUACCACAACUUCUUCAUCGAUAGGGUCGAGACCAGUUUCAGGACAACAAUCAAUUAAUACGCCAAGUUCUCUCAGCUCUUCAUUAGGAUCAACAGGUUCUGGUGAAAAUUUUGGAGGACGUGCCCUUGAAGAUGAAAUUGAUGAUGUUGAUGAGGGUUAUAAGGCACAACCACAACAACAACAAAUUAGAUCUUCAUCACAACAAGGAAGUAGACCAACAAGUGCUGCUGCACUCGAGAGAGACUUGAGAGAUAGAGGCAUUACCCACACAUUUAAUCCAUUAUCUGAACCACAAAUGAAACCACCAAAAAUCCAAGAAGAACGACCACAAUCUGCCUCUGGCAGAACUCUUAACGAACAAGAAAAUGAAGAAGAUUUUGAAAGUGUAGCAGGUUUAAAUAUUAAGGAUAUUAAGAGUUUUGUUAGUAAACCUCCCCCAAAUCGCAACGAAUGGGUAAGAUGCUACAUUCUCAGAGAUACAUCCAAGAUGAAUAAGGUAUUCCCAAGAUACUAUCUGUACGCAGAACGAGGAUCAACCUUCCUCCUUUCAGGUAAGAAGAGAAAAGCAAACAAAUCAUCAAAUUAUUGUCUCUCCCUAAGCAAGGAGGAUAUUAGUAGAAGCAGCGAUUCAUUUAUCGGAAAAUUGAGAAGUAACUUUUUGGGAACUGAAUUCCAAUUAUUUGAUAACGGUGAAAAGGCAUCAAAGUUGAAACCUGGAGCUCACUUGAGAACCAAUCUGGCCUCAGUUGUAUAUGAAACCAAUUUAUUUGGAAGUAAGGGACCAAGAAAAUUCACUCUCGUCGUUCCAGAUGCUAAUGAAGAUGGAGAACAAUAUCAAUUCCCUGAUAAUGGCACUUCUCUGAUUUCUAAAUUCAAAACUGGUGACUGGCAUCACCUUAAAGUUCUCAAGAACAAAUUCCCUGUGUGGAAUGAAAGAUUGAAGGCCUAUGUUUUGAAUUUUAAUGGUAGAGUUACAAUGGCCUCUGUCAAAAACUUCCAACUUGUUGAACCAAAUAAUCCAAACAAGGUUUUCCUCCAAUUUGGUAAGGUUGAUGAAGAUAGAUUCAAUAUUGACUUUAAAUAUCCACUUACUGCCCUUCAAGCCUUCUCGAUAGCUAUUUCUUCCUUUGAUAAUAAGAUUGCUUGUGAAUAAGCGUCAACCACCUGAUGAGAGGAAUUGAAUAAGUUUCUCCACAUUGUACAGCCUCCAAUCAAUCAUGACUAGUGCACUAUUACUCGUUAUGAAUCAAUAAAUAACAAUAUUUAAUUUC